AUGUCAAUGUCAUCGUCAAACUAGAAGCGUGAUUGUGACUGAUAGUAGCCAGAUAGUAGCAGAAUUAAAUUUUUUGACUCAGUACCUUACUUUGACUUAGUUUAUUAUUUCUAAUUUCUUAUCAUAUUUUAUUUUAAUGAAUCUGAAUUAAUAACUGUUAAUACUAUCAGAAUUUGUUGCAAAUAGUAAAAUAUAUAGGAAACUAAAUUUAUUAACAUGGCCGAUGAAGAGGUUAACGGAGACACUGAUGACAUCCAACAUGAAAAGGAUAAGACACAAAAGAAGGCUGCGAAACACGAUAGUGGUGUAGCUGACUUAGAAAAAGUUACUGAUUAUGCCGAGGAGAAAGAAAUAUCAUCACAAGAUAUAUCUGGUGCACUAUCUUUAAUUGGUGAUCGUAGAAAUAAAGAAGCAGCAGAAAGGCUCGAAAAAGAAAAAGAACUUCAAAAAGUCUCAGUCAAAAAGGAUGAUAUAGAAUUAAUAGUAAAAGAAAUGGAAAUCUCUCGAACAUUAGCUGAAAGAACUCUAAGAGAACACAGGGGUGACUUGGUGGCGGCACUUAUAACACUAACUGAUUGAUAACGACAUGUACAUACAUUUGUAAUAGAGUAUUUUUCAAUCUCUAGUGUCUUUUUAUGUUUUUAACAAACCAUAAGGCCAAAAAUUUAGGAAUAUGAAAACAAUAAAGAGGGUACAAAACCAAA